AUGGCGAAAGCUAUACCACAAUCAUUUCCAAACACCGUCCACAAGCUAUGCCUUUGGCACAUCAUGAAGAAGUACAGAGAAUACCUCGCGUUGCUGUACAAAAAGUAUAAAACAUUCAAAGAGGAGUUCACAGCUAUAUUAAACUGGUCGUUGAUGCCAACGGAGUUUGAAGAUGCCUCGGCUGAACUCGUGCACAAGUACAACCUGGAGAACGACCAGAUGAUGAUGCAGCUCUGGAGUGAUAGGAAGAUGUGGAUUUCAGCAUAUUACAAGAACAUUUUCUGUGCUAGAAUGACUUCCACACAACGAAGUGAGAGCAUGAACCACGUGCUAAAGAAAGGGUUUGUCAAGGGGUCCCAGAACCUACACAAGUUUGCUGGGCGGGUCAAUGCUUGCAUACAAACUCGGAUGCAGAAGGAGAACGAGCAAACAAUGACCAGCAUGAACAAUCCUGUGACAAAAACAACUUACGGCUACGAGGAAGACAUGUAUAUCAAGUACAUGAGAGCCGUGUACACCGAGAUGAGGAAUAGGAUGAGAAAAGCCACGCUAUUUCGCGCAAAGCGUACAGCAGAGCCCACUAAAUACCUUGUGUACUACCACAACAAGCCUGGCCAUGAUGAUGAAGAAAGAUUUUCCUGGUCAAAGCAUGAAUUCCAGGUUGUAGCUGACCCAGAGAAUGAAAUAUACGUGUGUGAAUGCAAGCUCUGGACACACACAGGCCUGUUCUGCCUUCACAUCAUGAACAUACUGGACUACCUCAAGCCUGACAAAUUUCCAAACAAGUAUAUCCUCAAACGGUACACAAAGACUGCAAAAUCACAACCAACCUUUGAUACAAGGGACUACAACACAACCACAUCGGAUGGCAGCUCAAGGCUAUCGAAGCAAGACAUCUUGCUGCAGCUGAAUUUGAUGGUUAACAAGAAAUCGAUGAGAUGUAACCAGCAAUAUGACAGAGCCUACUAUGUUCUCAAGAGGCUCGUGGAAGAGCUUGAUGCAAUACAUUCAGCAAAUCAAGCAGGUGCUGACGAAAGGAUGGCUGAAGAGGACGCUAAAAUUGAAGAUGACCUUCAUUAUUAUGCAGCUGAAAUGCUCAACACCGCCGCUGAAGCCAACCAAUGCAAGCAGGGUGAUGGCCAAUCAAUGGAGCAGCGACAGCAAGAGACGAUGAAACUGCGGCUAUAUUCUGAAACAAAGGGUAGGAAGAAAAUUACUGCAUCAAAGAAAAGUUGCGGGACACAACAAGCUGACCUGUCCAACACUCUUGGAAAGAAACAAUGCUGA